CCUUUCUUGUCUUGGUGUUCCGACAUGGGAAAAUGUUUUCUCGUUUUCUGCAUGCAGUGAUUUAAAUCUUGGAUGCUGAGUGUUGUUGCUCCGGCGACAUCCGCUGAGAAAUAGCCCUACGUGCAUUACGGACGCUCUUGAAUUUUUUUUCCUCCUCUCUUUUCCUCUUCUCUUCCCGAAGCAGCUUCUUUACAAGCUCACUUGUUGUUAUCCCCACAUUUUGCUUAUUUCCAGCCCUUGUCUCUUUCAUCAUGGCUUGUUUCGGUGUGAUUUGGGUUUUGGUGCUUUCCUUUGAUCUUGCAGUGUUUCUCUGGGGUUGGAGGCUGUACGUCUCCGCCGGCGCAAAAAUAACUGUUUUGAUUUUCAUCUUUGAGGAUUUUGCUUUUCUAAUAGCAGGCAGUGCUGCAGGACUAGGAUGACUGGGAAGACCCAGACCAGCAACGUGACCAACAAGAAUGACCCUCGCUCCCUCAACUCCCGCGUCUUCAUUGGCAACCUCAACACGGCUGUGGUAACCAAGGCCGACAUCGAGGCCAUCUUUGCCAAAUACGGAAAGAUUGUGGGCUGCUCUGUGCACAAGGGCUACGCCUUUGUUCAGUACGCCAGCAAGAGGAAUGCCAGGGCAGCCGUGGGUGGGGAGAACGCCAGGGUCAUCGCCGGACAACCACUAGAUAUCAACAUGGCAGGAGAGCCAAAACCAUACAGGCCUAAGUUGGGUUCCAAGAGGCCUCUCUCGUCCCUCUACAGUGGCUACGAGUUUGACUAUGACUACUACAGAGACGAUUUCUACAGCAGACUCUUUGAGUACCACGGUCGUGUUGUGCCUGCGACCCGUGCUGUAAUCCCUAUCAAACGUUCGCGGCUAGUUGUCCCGUCCACACGCAGAGCCAAAUCCUCCCUUCCAGUCCGGGCCUGCUCCUCCUCCUCCUCCUCCUCCUCCUCCUCUUCUUCCUCCUCCCCCCGAGUGUUCAGUGUCGGCUCCAUCACAGUCCCUAAACUGAAGACAGACCAGCUCCUCACAAUCAAGAAGGAGCUGUCACAGAUCAAGACCAAGAUUGACUCACUGCUGGGAAGACUGGAGAAGAUUGAGAGGCAACAUCGCUUUGACAGCGACAUGCAGAGGAAACCAGAGGAGAUGUGUGUGUGUCUCCAUGGUGACCCAGCAGACCACUCUUGUGGAGAGGAGGCAGAGGGGACAGCCGAGGUGGAGGCGGGGGAGAUGACAGACGGCUGCGAAGAGAACUUUGAAGACGAAGGAACUAGUGAAAUGAUAGAGAAUCACAUAUCGGACAUUGACAACUGAGUAAGGUUGGUGGGAAGCUACAAUAUAAGAAGAUGGGAGUACAGAUACCAGCAAAACCUUUUUGAUCAAGAAGAUGUAUUUGAAAUUAAAGGAAAGCAACGACAGGAGUGGCUGACAGCAGAGGAAGAGUUUUUCAAACUUGUUUUUUUGCUUGUUUGCCUCAUUAGAACAUGACACUCCUGUGUACUUUAUUGAAAUGCUGGUUAUCAAUAUUCUCCAGACUACUGCAAGAUCAACUGCAAAGAGCAAUCAAUAAUUGCCCUUCAAGCUGAUUGCCCUUCUGAAAAAACAGGACAAUAUAUUGUGUGCUUAAUAUAUUAUGGUCUGUAUCGUGCAUAGAAAUACGGUUACGCUCAUCUAUCAGAUGACCCAUGAAACGCCCUCUUUUGCUGUAAUGUUUGUUCCGUUUCUGUGCAUUGAAAACUGUGAAGAGCGUUGACGCUGGCAGAGAGCUACAUGUGAAUGAAUGUAACACUUGAUAAUUAUGUGAUGACUUACAUUUUUGCUGAAAUGUACAUAGUAUGUAAUUUAUUCACAAUGUUUCCACACAGUGUUGUGUAUGCAUAUCAUGUUUGUUGUUUGAAGAUGCAUUUUGAGUUAAUGUUUAUGUUUUGUUUAUGGUAAACAAAAGAUUAGAAUAGGCUAUUUUUUACUACCGCAUGUUAAAAAUGUGGCUAUUAUGGAUCAUUUUUAUGCAUUGCAUCUGUUACAGCUAUGGAUAGCUACAGCUAUGGAUGAUAACUUAUUUAUUUAUUCAUUUAGUUUUUAAAU